AUGAAGGCUAACAAUCGAAAUCUGUCUGAUGAUUAUUUCACCAUGAGUUUUAUCAGUGGAUUGAAGGAAGAAAUCCGUAACCCUGUUCAAAUGUUUAAACCCAAUUCGGAUUCUGAGGCUUUUUACUUAGCUCGAUUACAACAAGCUUCAGUUGACUCUCAAUCCAAGCGUUACAAAAAUUUUCCCAGACAAUUUCAACCAUCUAUUAGCUCAUUCUCUCCACCUUCAAGCUAUAAAUCUUCAUUACCACCACUUACCAAUAUACCCAAACCAUCUUUCUCUUCUGAUAAACCUAUCAUUACCCACCCUCUUACACCAACUAAGCCUGAGCCAACUUUACCACCUAUUAAAAGACUCACUCCUGCUCAGAUGCAAGCCAAAAUGGAUAAAGGGAUGUGUUAUAAUUGUGAUGUUUUUUACAAGCCAGGCCAUCGUUGCAAAACACAACAAUUAUUCAUGUUAGUGGUUUCUGAUGAAGAAACUGCUUCUCCACCUAUUGAGGACUCUGAAGAAGAGACAGCUUCUCCAUCAACUUCUGGAGAUACAACCAUGGAGAUACCUCUUCAUGCAUUGACUGGUCUUGUUACCCAAAGCACCAUUAGAGUACCAGGUAAACUUCUGAAUCAAGAUAUAUUUAUCUUGAUUGAUACUGGUAGUACUCAUAGCUUUGUGGAUUCUUCUUUGGCGGAUAAACUACAUUUACACAUAGAUCAUACUGGCCAAAUGUUGGUUACUGUUGCAAAUGGUGACACCACUGUCAGCCAUGGUGUCUUUCAGGAUUUACAAUGGUCUAUGCAAGGGUAUAAAUUUUCUAGUGACUUGAGACAUCAAGGUGCACAUAUUACAUUGCAAGGACACACUGAUAAGCCCUCUUGCAACUUACUCAGAGGUGAAUCUUUUUUCAAAUUUGUUAAAAACCACACACCUGCUAUUAUUGGCCAAUUUUUCUCCAUUUCAGCUACACCCAUUGCCCCUACACCUCCUAAGAUUACAUCUCUUCUACACAUCUAUGAUGAUGUCUUUAACUCACAUUCCACACUUCCCCCUACCAGAGUUAUUGACCACAAAAUUCCCUUAAAACCUAAUUCAACACCUACCUCUCAAAGGCCUUAUAGAUGUCCCUACAUUCAGAAGGCAGUGGUGGAACAAUUAGUUCAAGAGAUGUUAGAUGCUUGCCUUAUUCAAGACAGUACCAGUCCAUUUGCUGCACCCAUUUUAUUGGUCAAGAAAAAGGAUGGCUCAUGGAGAUUCUGUGUAGAUUACAGAAAACUGAAUGAUAUGACAGUAAAGGAUAAGUUUCCCAUUCCUCUCAAUGAAGAACUACUUGAUGAAUUAAAUGGAGCUACCAUCUUCACCAAAUUGGAUCUUAAAGCUGGCUAUCAUCAAAUUAGAAUGCACAUUGAAUAUAUCUACAAAAUUGCUUUUAGAACUCAUCAUGGACACUAUGAGUUCAAAGUGAUGCCAUUUGGCCUUACAAAUGCACCUGCUACAUUUCAAUCUCUCAUGAAUAAGGUGUUUCAGCCCUUCCUCAGAAAACUUGUGUUAGCAUUUUUUGAUGACAUUCUUAUCUAG